AUGGCUGCCAGUAGUGGUUCUCCGCAGCUGGCCACCGAAGACCACCUGCGCAAGGGUGAGGCCGUCAGCGGCCUGCACGCGGUUGUCGCGGGGUCGGUGUCCGGGCUCGUCGCCAGGAGCGUCACCGCGCCCAUGGACACCGUCAAGAUCCGCCGCCAGCUGCAACUCGCUUCCGAGCACAAGUACCACGGUAUCCUGCACACAUUCCGCACCGUUGCGCGCGAGGAGGGCGUGCGUGCUCUGUGGAAGGGCAACGUGCCCGCCUCCGCGAUGUACGUGCUCUACGGCUCGCUGCAGUUCGGCACCUACGCCUGGCUCAACACCGCGGCCGCGUCUGCCGGCCUGCCGCCGCAGGCGCACAGCCUGGCCGUCGGCGCACUCGCCGGCCUCGUCAGCAGCCUGCUCACGUACCCGCUCGACCUGCUGCGCACGCGCCUCGUGGCCAACCGCUCGGCCCACUUCUUCAGCCUGCGUCGCCAGGCCCGCGUCAUCUGGGACACCGAGGGCCCCGCGGGCUUUUUCCGCGGCGGCGCCUGGGCCAUCGCUGCCACCACCCUCACCACCGGCCUCAUCUUCGGCAUCUACGAGACCUGCACCAUCGCCGCAGACACCUACGGCCUUCCCUGGCUCGCAGCCGCCGCCAGCCCGACCGCCGGCCUCGUGUCCAAGGCGGCCGUCUUCCCGCUCGACACCGUGCGCCGCCGCCUCCAGAUCGUCGACGCCAAGCACAUCCCGUUCUUCACGCGCGACCCGGGCGCCUACAGCGCCCUCCGCGGCACUCGUUUUCUCGGCCUGGCUGUCCACAUGGUCCGCGCCGAGGGCAUCGCAUCGCUAUACAAGGGCCUGACAAUGGCCCUGUGCAAGAGCACGCCGACCACCGUGAUCACGCUGUGGGUCUACCAGCGCUGCCUGCGCCUGCUGGAGCCCACACGGGCCCCCCAACUGCCCGCCUAG